UUGAAUGAGAAACAUUUUCCUUUUUUUUUUUAUCCACAAUCUACCACCCAACAUUUUCCUCUAUAUAUAUAUAUAUAUAUGUGUGUGUAUGUGUGCAGAUAGAGAAGUGAGCGACUAAAAUCUGUAAUAGCAUAGCAAUGGCAGCAGAGAGGAGAGACGAAAAUGAGGAGCAAGAAGGAGAAUUUCCCCUUAAAAAUGGAGGUUCCGGGUCUGAUGAGAUGGGCACCGACUCUGCUGUAAUCCUGGAUGAUUUGAUGGAAUCACGAACUGAAAUCCGUGACUGGCUUGAAUGCCCAAUAUGCCUAGGCAUCAUCAAGAAAACUCGUACCGUGGUGGAAUGCAUGCACCGCUUUUGCGGGGACUGCAUUGAACAUGUUAUGGAAAAGGGGAUGAAUGAUUGCCCUAUUUGCCGCUGCCAUAUUCCCAGCCGUGCUUCAUUAAAAGAUGAUGCAAAUUUUGAUGGUUUGGUUGGGGCUGUAUGUAAACUUGUUGAGAAGUGCGGAUAUAAUAAGAGAAAGGCUCCAACUGAUGAUGAUGAGUGUGGAAAACAAACCAAAGUCAGGAGAAUCAUAGGAGCUCCGUCCAACCAAACGUCUUCCUCCUCUGAUAGCAGAUUCUCUGAGCCUAAACAAGACAGGGUUUUGCGGAGAGAAUAG